CCUCAUCAUCGGUAGCUGAAGCUGGCCGGAGGACGCUCAACGAAGACGGGAAAUUUGAAGUUUGUUGGCUGAUGCGCCACAACAAUAGGAGCAGCGACCCAAGCUGGGAAAGGAGACAGAGUCGCUAUUGUGGAGGUCUUUUUGGGUUGGAGCGCGACGGAUAUGGAUCGGCGAUGUGGUGGUCGUUGGUCGUCGAUGGAAACAGGGAGCACGGCGUCUAGCAUCAAUCAAUUUCCGGAAUUAAACUUCCCGGUUGGACCACCCGGAAUUCCCGAAUUUGACCGGUGUUGACCGAUAUUGACCAGGCUAUCAUACCGAUGACAUUCCAGUCGGUUUCAUGACCGGAACCGGUUGAACCAGUUUUAACCGGCCGACAUUUUUUAAGAACAAAAUCAAGAAACACGUACAUCUCCUCCGUCCCUUUGUUCAAGGUCCUCCUCUACUGUUCUUCAGCGAUUCCCAGAGGCUCCGACCUCCGCUCCCACGGCAGCUCGCCACCCCAAUCCUUUCCCCUCGCCACUAUCAACACUUUGCCAACAUUAUCUCCAAAUCUCACCCAAAUCCCUCUUCCUUCCAACUAGCUAUCGUCUAUCAUCCCCACUUCUUCGAUGCCGUCAAUCUCAGCGAUAUUGACCACCAUAGAGAGACAAGUGUGAAGAAGUACAAAUCUCCAGCCACCUCCAUCUCACCACGACGAAAACGAAAAUGACUAGCUGGGAACCCAAACUCGGCCGCCUGAAAUUGAUGCACCAGAUAAUCACAACCCCGCCAAGCCAACCACCAGCCACAGCUCUUGCGGCAUCUUCCGAGCUUCGACAACCUUGGUCGGCAUGAAAGGCAAGUCCUACCAGCCCCAAAUCAAUCGAAUCCCCAGCCUCACCCUCAAACCCCUCUUAUCCUCAAUCACCUGGCCUGUUGGAAUCUGAAAUCCAAUCAUGUACUUGAGCAAAUAAAAUUUCCCUACCAUAUCAAUUUCUGGACGCGACGUCUUCUCUUAUGCUCACUGAGGACGAAAUUUUCAACAUUGAGCUACACAACCCGAGGCCUAGGCCAAGUCCAAUGCAAAACCCCAAAUUUGGGGGUCUUGAACUCCAAAUUUGCGGAUUGAACGCCAUUUUCUCUUCUUUUGUUCCAAUGCAACAAACUCCAUAUUUGGGGUUCUUAAUAUUUCCAGUUUUUUCAUUUACUUAAAAAUGUACUUAUUGUAGCCUUAAUAUAAUUUAUUCAUGUUAAUUUUUGUAUAAUUCGUCAUCAUUUUUUAAUACAAAUUUUCGAUAAAAUUUUGUUAAAUUUCGAGUCCGAAUUUUUUUGACAAAAAAUUAUGUACCUAAUUUGGGUUUACACACAACAAUUGAAAAUGAUUGAUAUAAUUAAAUCCCUAACUAAUUCCCUAAUUAAACUCUCAAUUAACCCCUAAAAUCUUAAAAUGAAAAAGAAAAGCCACGUGGCGGGCUUUGGUCAGCCUCUAUAUUUGGGAAUUCCCAUUUCCAUCUCCAAAUUUGGGGUUCUAUAUGCAGGAUCCUCCAUUUAUGGAGGCCCAAACCUCCCCAUUGGACCAUCUCCUCCUUCAUUUUUGCAGAUUCCCCAUUGGACUCAGCCUAAUCCCCAAUUCCUCUUGUCGGGGUAGUCAAUUCUGCCUCUGGCACUGUAAACUGCUCGUGUCUAGAUGAAACCACUCUUUGUUGGUAACUUCUCUUUGUCAAUCUGCUGAUUUAGAUGUGGCCGGAUCGAUUUCCUUCAACAAUUAUGCCUCUGUGAUUGAAAUUUUGAAAAUGUUGGAGCUUCUACCGUUGUGGAGAAAAUGAAACCCUCUAUUUAUCAUUCUCAUUUAUGUUUAUUGUUUCAGAUGCUCGAAGAACUCUCUGUUGCAUCUCCUGGGCGAUUUUCCAUGAUGACUUCUAGUUCUUCGGAGAGUGGCAGUAGAGGUUUUAGGACCAGUUCGAAACAGACAUACAUGCUGCCUCAAAUGCAACCUCAAUCGCAGGCAUCUGUGAGUGGUUUGCCAGCUCUACACGUGUUUCCAAUCAGCAAGAGAGGGGAUGUUGCAGUUGUUAAGGGUAAGGAGGAGUCAAAGAGCUUGGAAGGCCAAGAUGAAGUAAGCUCGGUGUUGAAUUAAGGACCUGGAGAAGCAAGUAAAGGACUGUAAGGAGUGGGCACAUCAGAAGGCGAUACAAGCUGCUAGAAAGCUGGCUAAUGAUUUGACAGAGCUUAAAAUGCAGACCAGUGGUUUGACAGGGCAAAUGCAAUUGAGAGGCAGCUCGAGACCGAGAAUGCAGAGAUUAGAGCCAAUAAGGAGGUCUCUAAGUUAAGUUCUUCUGAGCCAGUUACGACGUGUUUGGAAGCUGCAAAGAGGGAGAAGAAGUGUCUAAGAGGCUUUUGGCUUGGGAGAAGCAGAAAGCUGAGCUGCAGGAUGAGACUGCUUACGAGAAAGAGAAUAUCAAUGAGUUGCAAAGGUGUCUGAGCUUGGUCGAACAAGCAAAGAAAUAUGUUGAGGUUUGUUAAUUACUGUCUACCUUGUGUGUUAUCAAUUUAACCUCCUCAAAUUUAAUUAGGUUAUGAAUUUAACUUGAUAGAAAGUGGUGAGUAUGUGAUGUGAAUGAGGUCUUGAUUCAUGAGGCUUUAUUUUAGUUUUUUAAUGGUGGAUAUGCUGGAGACAAGUUUGUUUGUUGAACCAUGUCGUUUUAACUGUUGGUAUUACUUGAACCUACUCAAUUUAAUUAGGUUAGAAUUUAACUUGAUAGAAGUUGGCGAGUAUGUGAUAUGAAUGUGGCCUUGAUUCAUGAGGCUUUCUUCUGGUUUUUUACUGGUGGAUAUGCUGGAGACAAGUUGGUUUAUUGAAGCAUGUCAUAUUAUCAAGUCCAGUUUCCCAAUUAAAACUCCCUAAAAAAAUGCAGGACAUUUAGCAGGUCGAACUAGAGCCGGGUAAUAUCUUAUGAUUCAAAUCCACAAAUUAUGAAUGGUGUAUAUCAUAAAAACUCCAUGUACCUCUUUCUUUGUUUCCUCUAUCGUCUUCUUCAUUGUUUAUCCCUUUAUCCUCUGACCCUCUCUAAUGAGGAGUAGUCAUUUACUGUUUAGUGAAUAUCUUGUCCUGACUAGGGAUGACAACAAAACCCGAACCCACGGGUACCCACUCGAUCCAAACCGGUCAAUGCGGAUAAAAUCCUUGUUGACGGGUUUUGGGCCGAGUUCGGGUUUAAACCCGCUACACUAUUCACCGGGUUGGGUCUGGUUUGGGUUUAGAUAAACCCGCCCCAUGGGUACCCGCCCACACAUAUAAUUACUUUCCCGGUAUAUUUAAUAUUCUAAAUAAUAUAUCUUCCUUAAACAACUAAUAUUCUUUAUGUUUGUGGAAACAUGUAUAAUUUGUUCUUUCUAAUUGUUUAGAAUGAAGUUGAUAUUAUAGAGUGGAGAGUGAAGAAAUUUAUUUGACGAGGAAGAAGCUUUUCAUUAAUCUUGUUGUUUAUAGAUGUUUAUCUUUAAUUUUAAACAAUUUGUAUUGAUCGUUUCCGGUUUGUUUGUAUGUUCUAGAUUGAUGUUUUUUUGUAUGAAUAAUUUGUAUGAGAAAAUGAUGUUAAACUUUUAUUUUGAAAGAAAUUUGUUAUUGUAAAUUUUUUACCAUAAAAACCCACGGGUACCCAGCGGGUUGGGUUGGGUUUGAGUUUUUCAAACCCAACGGGUUUUACCCGGGUUUUUUUUACGGAUAAACCCAUGGGUUUGGGUUUGACAAAACCCGCUCCAACCCGACCCAUUGCCAUCCCUAGUCCUGACAUUGAUUGUCGAAGUAUGCAUGGCUGGUUUGUCCAUAAGGCUUAUAGUCCAGUUUUUGGGCAGAGCUGCAAGCGUAGCAGAUGUUGGUACGUUUUGGUGUUUUGGUCAGUGGCGGACCUAAGGCAAGGGAGGGUGUGUCGUCCGACACACCCUCGCUCGAGAAUUUUGUGAAGGACCUACAUAUUUUUUGUACAAAUUUUUUUAUUUCGAGAUAGCCGACACACCUUCAUUAUACUCGAAGAAUUUAUCAUCCGAAUAAAUCAAUCUUAAUAAUAAUCUUUUUAAUUUUGUUUAAAAUAACUCAUAAAUCAUAAUCCUAUCAAUUCCUAUUAAAAAAAACUCUCAACCCAUACAAUAUACAUGUGUGAUGUGUGUUGCGCCUCGGCCUACACUUAAAAAAGAAAAAAAAACCCACAAGCCUAAUGGCCAAUAGCCCAGGCGGCCACUAACUCCCCAUCAUUACCUGUUGCAACGACAAGCUGCGAAAGAAUAUUUUUAGUUAUGAAGAUAAUCAAGAAUGAUCUUCGAAAUCGGUUGAGUGACCAAUUUAUGAAUGAUUGUUUAGUUGUGUAUAUUGAAAAAGAUUUUCUUUGCAGUAUAAGUGAUUAAUGUAUUUUAGAGACAUUUUAGCAGAUGAAAAGUCAUUGCGAUUCGUUGUAAACAUGACAUUGUGAACUUUAUCAACAAUUUUUUUUAAUUUCUACUUAAUUAUUUAUUUAUUUAAUUUAAUUAUUAUUUUAUUUUAUCGGCGACACACCUCUCUGACAAUCCUGGGUCCGCCACUGGUUUUGGUAAUCUGCAAUGAUAGGAGUUCUUAUACAUAGUUUACUCAUGCUUUUAUGUUGAUAUUUUUUGGUGUUUUGGUGAUCUGCAAUCCUCCGGAUGUUGCUGUUAGUAUCUUUUCAAGUUUUCCAUUGUUGUAGAGGGCAAAACUCCAUGAAACUACCUAAACAUGAAUUAUGUCUAACUAUAUUGGAGUUUGAGACGUAUUGGUUUCUGAUUUGUUGAACUUUUUACAGCUUGCAGAUAGCGUCAACAUGGAUAGACCGGACGAAGAAUGUUGACACACUAGAGGAAGAUUUAGUUCAUGAAAAGUAUUUACGAUUGCAAUUUGUAACAAGAACAAGUUAUAUUAGGCUACUUGAGUGCUCUGUAGAGGAACAUUCAUCAGUUCCUUCUACUUGUAAGAUGUUUGUAUUUACAUUACGAGACUUAAAUUUAUAAAAUGUCAUUGAAAUA